AUGGCGGCGUUUUGUGUCUCUUGUGGCAGUAAGGUGAACUCUGGCGACAAAUUUUGUUUUAAAUGUGGCUCAAAAGUUCCAGAGACAUCGCUGAGUGGAAGAGACAGUAAACUGGAAGAAGAGCAAGCAUCUUCAUCUUCGUCGACGAGGUCAUUGUCCCAAUUCCUUGCCGCUAAAGUCGAAGAACGCAGCGGAUUCAGCAAGCCAAACAAAGGUUUUAAAAGGAAAGCGAACAACACAGGAUCCACUUCCAAAGGCAAAAGAGGUAUUGACAACAGAGUUGUAAUUCACGUUGGUUUAAUCAGUGAAAACGAAGAAGGAAAGUUGGCGAUAGCAAGAGGGAGCAAAGUGGCGUUGAGAGUGGGUAAAGAUUUUGGAGCCCGGGAGGUAUGCGAAGCUGCCGUUAAAAAACACUCUGAUCAUGACUAA